AUGGCCAGCCGGGAGAGUACUGCAGCGUGCGAUGCCGCAACGCACCUGAAGGUGUUCCUGAGCCAGAGCAAAGCUCAGAACCGGCAGAGGCUGCGAAGCAACAACAGCCGGGGCGCAUGGUGCAACAAGAGCUUCCCACAUGCCUUCGCCGUGGGUGUCAGCAGCCGACAUGGAAUGGCCAGCCGGGAGAGUACUGCAGCAUGCGAUGCCGCAACGCACCUGAAGGUGUUCCUGAGCCAGAGCAACGAUCAGAACCGGCAGAGGCUGCGAAGCAACAACAGCCGGGGCGCAUGGUGCCACAAGAGCUUCCCACAUGCCUUCGCCGUGGGUGUCAGCAGCCGACAUGGAAUGGCCAGCCGGGAGAGUACUGCAGCGUGCGAUGCCGCAACGCACCUGAAGGUGUUCCUGAGCCAGAGCAACGAUCAGAACCGGCAGAGGCUUUCCAGGCUGCGAAGCACCAACAGCCGGGGCGCAUGGUGCAACAAGAGCUUCCCACAUGCCUUCGCCGUGGGUGUCAGCAGCCGACAUGGAAUGGCCAGCCGGGAGAGUACUGCAGCAUGCGAUGCCGCAACGCACUUGAAGGUGUUCCUGAGCCAGAGCAAAGAUCAGAACCGGCAGAGGCUUUCCAGGCUGCGAAGCACCAACAGCCGGGGCGCAAUGUGCAACAAGAGCUUCCCACAUGCCUUCGCCGUGGGUGUCAGAAGCCGACAUGGAAUGGCCAGCCGGGAGAGUACUGCAGCAUGCGAUGCCGCAACGCACUUGAAGGUGUUCCUGAGCCAGAGCAACGAUCAGAACCGGCAGAGGCUUUCCAGGCUGCGAAGCACCAACAGCCGGGGCGCAUGGUGCAACAAGAGCUUCCCACAUGCCUUCGCCGUGGGUGUCAGCAGCCGACAUGGAAUGGCCAGCCGGGAGAGUACUGCAGCGUGCGAUGCCGCAACGCACCUGAAGUCGUUCCUGAGCCAGAGCAAGGAUCAGCGCCGGCAGAGGCACAGACAUCAAGCAGCGUGUGGCUGA